ACAUUUGUAAGCAGCUAUUUGUUCCUCAACCUAGUACUCCAAGGAGACUUUCUUGAUGUGUUCUGCAUGCUUCGGCACUGUACUGAGCAGGUCUAUAGAAUCUAUCUGCCAUGCAUGCCUCAUCGGCGCGUAUAUGAGAAUCUAAAUUUUAUGUAGAGAAAGUAGAACCUGUGGUAGCAGUCCUUUCCAUUUACCGAGCUUUUUUAUGCCGUCGAGACCGUACCUCGUCAAUCGAAGUGUUCUUCAAGUACGUCACUUACCGCCAGCAUUUGCGGAAACUGAAUGCGUGUCUUUCUUAAAAGCCCAUGGUGCGCUUAGCGUUUCCGUUCCCGGUCGGGGUCGGGCUUUUGCUUUCUACCGCAACGAAGUUGAGGCUCGUCGUGCAAUGGGAUUACUUCACCAGCUACAGCUCAAGGAUUGCCUUCUCUUGGUAACAUUUGCCAGAUCUAAUCACAACAUACCCUUGUUGCCUCCUGUUGUAGCUAACCCGGAGUUCAUAUCUGAAAACGAGCAAAUUAUCCAAAGGUUACAUGCCAUUGCACCACGAUUGGGUUUCAACUACGUACUUAAUCCGAUGGUAAAAUAUAAGUACCCACCUCUAACAGACACGAUACUAGCAAACAUAUGCGUUACACUUAGGAAUCAUGCAGACUUCUAUACACAAGUGCUGCACCUAAUGAACAAGAUGAAUUUACAAGCGCCUUUUAGACGACAAAUAAACCCUUCGCAAGUGUUCCGCGAAGUGAAACUAAAAGACGUUUCGACCGCAAUCACAUCGGAAUCCGGGUCUGAGGUCUCUGAUGAAGAGCACAGAGAGGUACGACCAAAACCAUUGCUUUCCGCAGAUGAAACUUGUAUUCCCAACAAGAGGUUACGCGUUCCAAAAAGACACAUCUCAACUAUUGAACUUUUGCCGAAGGAAAAACCCAGAGAGGUUUCAGAGUGCUUUGAUUCGACAAAUCCUAUUCGAAAACUUGAGCUCCCAUCAAUCUCUCAAAUAUCUGCCCAGACGACAAAAGAAUAUUCAUGUCCGGCUUUUGAGACCGGGUUCGGCCAGUUCAAGCCUUCGACUCCUCCGGAGCGUUCUCCAGAACCUCCAUCUAGAUUCAACUGGUCUAGUGCGUUCACCGUCAUUACAGCUAUGGAGAAGAUAUCAUUACAAGAUGCAAUUGAUCAUCCGGCAUUUCGAAAUUAUGAAGAAUGUGAUCCAUGUGUUCGCCUGUACAUCAAAAAUAUACCAAAGAGUGUUACAGAAGAAGAUUUGUUUUUACUAUUUGGCCAAUUCGUUCCUGAUAAUGAAGCUGAACGGGCCAUCUUUGACAUUCGAUUGAUGAAAACUGGCCGCAUGAGAGGUCAGGCCUUUGUAACAUUCGGAUCAGUGGGAGCAGCACAAAAGGCGCUUAAAGGGGUGCAUCGACUUGUUCUGAAGGGGAAACCCCUUGCAGUUCAGUUUGCUAAGUCAAAUGCUCAAUAAUCUGUCUGAUUAAUACUAUGU